AUGAUCGGACGCGUUGGGUCACAAUCGCCGCGUGAUGUCACGUCGUCCUUACCCGAUUUCGAAGGCACUGGCAUGCCCCUCGAGUCUUCUUCCUCCUCCCUUGGCCUUGACGAUGCUUUCGCAGACAGCGAUGAGGACCGCAUCGAGUAUAAUUUCUCUCCAGAGGCCAUAAGGGCCGAGAUGGCUCGUCGCGAAUCGUCCUGGGCGACUGAAUCAGACGCUGAUUCGGCUCCUCACUCCUUCGAAAUCGAUGAAUCCGUAUCUACGCUCGACAUCAGCGGAACCAGGUCUCAGUCCCCAGCUUCGGAAGUCGACUCCACAAUCGAGGGCGAUGGGUCAGAAGCAAACUUCUCUUCGAUCUCUCUGGGAGAGCAAACGGAUGCGGACGGACACGUAGCUACCGCUGCGGAAGACGAUGUUGUUGUUGGAGCGCAAGAUCAAGAGGUCCCAGAAGACUCUCAGGUCUUGGACAUCCACGAAACCCAUUCAUAUCCCAACGUCCUCAUCGACGCCUCCAAACCACCUGGGCAUCGCGUGACCGUCUCGAUGUCCACUAUUGCUGAGCGCACCCCGACACAUUCCACCAAUGCUAGCUCUUCCCGCCCAGGUUCUAGACAGUCUAUUCACUCCCCACCUCCCGAGUCUAAUGGGCAUUUGCCUGCCGCUUCUUCAUCGUCGCAACCCAUUCCUCCACUGCCAUUACCAGCAUCGCCUCCCGGACCGCCUCCCGUGACUCCCAAAACCCCAUCUCGACCAAACCGCUCGACAGGACCGAGCAUGUUUGAGAAGGUCAGAAGUAAAACCCGGCCUUCGUUCCUGCCUCCGAAAAGCAAGCAGGAGGAUAACAAGCAUCUGAGCGAAUGGGAGUCGAUGAUGAAACAGAGUCGGUUGUCAGCGGAGAAGCGAAGACAAGCGCUGCAAGAUCGGCGGUUAGCUCGGGAGAAGAAGAUUGAGGAUUCGCUCCACGUCUGGGAGAAGGAGAUCGUUCCCGACUGGAAGGUCGUGCAUAAGAAUCCGGCGCUCAAGAAACUCUGGUGGAAGGGCAUCCCGACGAAGCUGCGCGCAUCCAUGUGGACGAACGCCGUCGGAAAUGCUUUGGCAUUGAGUAAAGAUAACUAUAGAAUAUGCAGUACGCGAGCCAAGAGAGCUCUCGCGGCCGGGUCCUUUCCGUCGCAAACACUGUCGAUGAUCGAGGAGGACAUGGCCGCCACGCUACCUUCGUUACACAUCUUCCAUCGCGAAACCGGACCCUUAUAUGGCGAUCUGAGAGAUAUGCUGUGUGCAUGGGUUGUGUCUAGAAGCGACGAGGGACUGGGAUACGCCGUGGGAGCGGCUAAAAUCGCUGCCAUGAUGUUGCUUAAUAUGCCUGUGCCACAAGCGUUUAUUGUGAUGCGCAAUCUCCUGGAAAGACAUUGCAUGCGGAGCUUCUUCGGCGGAGAAGGCUCCAAAGCGGAUGUCGAUGCAUAUUAUCGGAUCUUCGAUACAUUGCUCGCGGAUGGGAUGCCGAAAAUCUACUUCAAUUUCAAACAACAUCAGAUCUCUCCAGGAGCUUAUCUGCCUGGCUGGAUCGUCCCGCUCUUUCUCGAUCACUUGCCCUUUGAAGCUUGCGCUCGACUCUGGGAUGUCAUUCUCCUCGAAGGGGACUCGUUUCUCUAUCGCGCGUCGUUGGGAAUCUUGGCUGUCCUUGAGCCUCGAUUGUUCUUUCCGGAUCGACAAGAGCUGCUGGAGCUACUUAGAGGAGAGAACAAAGCAGCAUUGGAUGUGGCGAGCCGUGAAGGACGUCCGCUAGAUGGCGGUAAGUAUGAGAUCUACGGCGUUGACGAGGAGACGUUGUGGGACCGGCUUGAUGGCAUGCGCGACUGGUGGAAGGAUUCUACAUGGGCUCGAUUAAUACAGCGAGAACUGCCAGAUUUGUAG